AUGGAUAUACGUCGCCGGCUAACCUGGUCUGGGAAGGGGAUGCGCGCCCAAAUCGCCCAACGCGCGGGCCGCCUGCGCAGCACCUCCCUCAGCGCCGUCCCUCCGCCCCGCACCUCCGCCGACUACGAUCACGAUCUGGCCAGAGUCGCCGCUAGCAUCCUCUACCGCACUCCCGUCCCCUCCGACUCCGGCCUCCCUAUCUACAUUUUGAACGCUGCCGCUCUGCCCGAUGUCGACGAGGCCGACUUCGACAGCCUGCUCCCCUACGUCCUGGCCCGCCUGCCCGGAGAAGAGGAGCUGCUCAGCGGCACCGAAUACGAGGUCAUCUUCUUCGCAGGCGGCGAUGCCGAGCGCGCAGCUGGUGGCCGGAAGAACCGCCCCGGCUGGGGCUGGUUCAUUCAGGCAUACCAUGUCCUGAGCCGCGCCAUGCGCAAGCGCCUGCAAAAGCUGUACAUUGUACACGAGAGAAGCUGGGUUAGAAUCUUGGUGGAGAUGUUCUCGACUAUCGUCAGCCCCAAGUUCAGGAGGAAGAUCGUCCACGUCUCCACCUUGACCCAGCUCGCAGUACACCUCCCGGUAGAGACUUUGUUGAUACCACCUUCCGCAUACCUCCACGAUCGUCGACUGUCGCAGGACAUCCACGCACCCUUUGCCAGCGGUCGCCGCGCCUUCUCAGUCAAGAAUCCUUUGCCCAAGAAUGCCAAUGGCGAUACAAGACUUCCGCGCAUCUUGCGCGAAACCACGUCAUUCCUGCUGAUAGACCCCAACAUUGAGACUGAAGGCAUUUUCAGAAUCCCCCCGCAUUCUCGGCUGAAGGAGAUCCUAAAGGAAGCGUACGACCGCGGCCAGAAGUACAUAUUGUGGAAGGAGAAUGGCGUUAUGCUACCUCUGCCACCUCAUGACGACUCGGACACGACAAAGGCCAUUGUGAACGAGGUUGAUUCCAGGGAUUGCUAUGGAGUAUUCCUGGCUGCUGGUUUGAUCAAGACCUGGUAUGCCGAAUUACGUCAACCCAUUUUCCCCCAGUCGGCAUACCGUGAGCUGCGGAGCCUCUUUGGAGAUCCAGAUGAGCCGCCGUCGCGUAAGGCUUUAGUGGAGCUGAUCUCACCGAAGUCGGAAUGGUCGGCGAUCCCAGCCAUAUCGCGCGAGAUCUUGGUUCGUCAUCUGCUUCCCCUCCUGAGCACCGUGGCAGACCAUCGGACUUCCAACAAGAUGUCGGCCGAGAAUCUGGCAGUUUGCUUUGCGCCAACGCUUGUUUGCGGACCUGAUCAGAUCGAGGAUGCCAAAAUGUCGAGCGUUGUCCGUCGGAUUAUGACCGAGGCUGUGGAAACGUGGGAGGAUGGUCUUAGGGAGGAGUGCGGCGUUGAUAGCGCUGCUUUCCUCCGCGAUCUACAGCCACCGGAGGACCCGAAGGAGUACGAGGAUCCCCUCGAGUCCUCACGUAGGCCACGCCCAAGGUCGGAGGACUUUGGUAUUGAGUCCCCAUCAGAAGAAGACGCCGGAUUCGCCGAUUCGGAAAAGCAGUUUUCGGGCAUCAUCCUGCAGGACAACACAGAAGAGUCGGCGGCCCCGGCAUUGCCCCCACGCCCGUCGGUAUCUAGUUCCAGAGACACACCUUUGAGCCCCACUGGUAGUGACGAUUCAUCUGUAAGACGCAAACCAGCACCAUCCGUGCAGGUGCCCCCGCGGUAUUCCACCAUUCUUGCUGAUGAAAUGGGGGGAAGCUCGGGCACAACACAGUCACCUCUGACGUACGCCGCAACGACGGAUGGUUUUGGCCCUUCUCGCAGUUCAGGGCGUAGCGUGGACGAGAAGAAAGGGGAUAAGUCCAGUAUGCGACUUCCUGGUUCUAGCCUUCCUCACAUCGUAGUUCCAAAGCGUAAAGCCCUGACUGCCGAGCAGAUUGCUAGCGCAGAGAGUGCCGUUUCUUCUCCGGAGCGCACUGUUUCUGCCACUCAAUUCCCACAGCAACCCCAUGACACCCAGCCUUCAUCAAGACAAACUCGCGCACCACCUGGUCUCGCCGAGAUGAUCGGCGCGGCCGCGGCCGCUGGUGCCGUCCAUCGCAAACCCAUCUACUCCAGACCGGGCUCAAGCGGCUCAAGUAACCCUUCCGCCAUUCAGUCACCUAAUCUCACAAGCCCGCCCGCUCAUGGCACUUUUGGUCGUCGACCCUCCCUCUCUCCCAAAGACGCUGAGUUCCGCAGAGCCGAAUUCUCUCCAGUGUCCCCCCUCACCGCCUCCGAUCUGACCCGUCGCACCUCCACCUCCUCGCUAUCCGCAGAAAACGUCGGCUCUGAGUACGAACGCAACGGGUCGCGCUCGCGGGGGCCGACAAUCAACUCGCUCGCCCGUCCAAUGUUCCUGGCCUCGGCGGCGCAGGCUCCACCCCCCAACAACAACCUACAGCGCGCGGCAACCAUGGCAACGGAACCGACCACGAAGCCGCGCGCCAUGUCGUCGGGUUUGCUCAAGCGCAUCCCGACCUUCGAGCCGCCGCCGAUCCCGAGGGAUAACCCGCGGAAACUGGACUUGAAGAAGAAGAGCGUGGAGGACCUAAGGAGGAUUUUUGAAAAUAAGGCGGGUGCGGCGGAGAAAUUGGUGAAGGUGGCAAAUGAGAAGGAGAGGAGUACGAGUAGGUUUAGUUGA